AUGGCGGUGCUGUUGGUUUGUGUUGCUCUUUGUUGGACACUUUGUGAGUGUUCCAACAGGUCUCAGUUGUUCAAGGAUGUUCUAGAUCGCCAUGAAGCAAGAGUGGCGCCUUAUGAAACUGAAGAAAACCCUCUAGAUCUGUCCAUUUUCCUUAGUCUUAUGACGAUAAGAGAGGUGAAUGAGAAGAAGCAGACGAUUGCUAACUCUAUCGCAAUCUCACUGAGCUGGCUCGAUGAACGUCUCAUGUGGGACUCUUCUCAUUAUAAUGGGAUUACCUCAUUUGGAACCACAUCAGAAUACGUCUGGACCCCCAAAUCUAUAUGCAUCAUCAAUGAAGUGAGCAUAAACAAAUGCUUUAGCGAAGUAUCUGAUGUUAUAGUCAGGAAUUCUGGAAUUGUUACUUACACGACGUAUCGUGAAAGUUUGACUCUUUGCCAAUUGGACAUAACAAAAUAUCCUUUUGACGAACAAAAGUGUAUGAUUUUCAUUGGUAGGUUAUAUCAAUUGUUGGAAUUAAUCACCUUAAAUAAGACCGAUUCUUUUUUCCACUUGAUCUCCUUCAAUAAUAAUGAGGAAUGGGAAGUCCUGGGAUCUAAUAUAGCUGAAAUUGAAAUACCGUCAGGACAGUAUGGCUUGAUGCAACAACUCCACUUUAUAUUACGUCUCAAAAGGAAGUCGGCUCAAGCUAUUGUUUCUAUUAUAAUUCCACUCAUCCUUCUAUCAAUCAUAAAUAUAUUCUGUUUUAUGCUACCGAUAGCAUCUGGAGAGAAAAUGGGAACUUCUAUGGCAAUCUUCUUGACUUAUGCCGUUUUACUCUCUAUCAUCAACGAUUCCUUUCCAACUACGGACACAACACCAUACUUCAUCAUCUAUCUGGACACACAACUUACUCUCAGUGGAUUAACAGUCAUAUUUCAAGUCGUCGUGAUACAUCGCUAUUUCCGAUUGAAUGAUGUUUCUCAGGAUUCUUCCAAUAAAGUCAAACCCUUUCUGGACACAGAAAAUUGUACAAAACAACCACUAAAACAUAAAUACUGGAAAAUUAUGAACGAAAAGAAUCUUGAAAAAUUAUUUUUGAUCUUUAUUAUAGUUGUAAACGUUAUAUCUUUUGUGGCAUUCAUCGCAUUGACUCGAGAAGGUGCAAGUUCUAGUCACAACGAAGGACCUACUGUGCAAGCACCAGAGACAGGGGGACAAGGAGUAGGAGACUUUGGUGCAGUAGGACCAGGGGCCAGAGGAUUCCUAAGAGGCGGAGCAGGGCCAUCUGGAUCAGAACCUGGAGGAUCCGGAUCAACAGGAUCAGGGCCUGGAGGGUCAGGACCAACAGGAUCAGGAGGGUCAGGGCCAACAAGAAAGGGAGGAUCAGUACCAACAGGAUCAGGACCUGGAGGAUCAGGACCAACAGGAACAGGAGGAUCAGGACCAACAGGAACAGGAGGGUCAGGACCAACAGGAUCAGAAAGGUCAGGACCAACAGGAUCAGGAGGAUCAGGACCAACAGGAUCAGGAACUGGAGGGUUAGGACCAACAGGAUCAGGAGGGUCAGGACCAACAGGAACAGGAGGGUCAGGACCAACAGGAUCAGGAGGGUCAGGACCAACAGGAUCAGGGCCUGGAGGAUCAGGAGGGUUUGGACCAACAGGAUCAGGUGUAGGAAGUUCUGGAUUAACAACAUCAAGUUCAGGAGGAGCAAGUGCAUCAAGUUCAGCUGGAGUAGGAGCAGGGCCAACAGGAUCAGUACCAGAGGUAUCAAUAAAACCAAAAUCAGAAAGUAUUGGUUAG